GGGGCGACGUGCCGUGGUCGCCCGCGGCUUCGUGCACGUGUGCUUUUGCAAAAGCUCUGACCGCGGAGCGGGUGACCGCGCGCGCGCGCCCGACGAAUCCCGCCGCGGCGCCGAGCCGCGCGUCCGUUACAUCCGAAAAGUGCCGUGCCGUAACGCGCGUCGUGCCCGCAUCGUCGAGCGAGCGGGGGCCGCGUCCGCCGCGACGCACGUAGUUGUUGCUCGUCGCGUUUGAAAAUAGGAGAGCCCGCCCGUCCGCCGGGCGCGGCACGCGCGUCAACGCCCGGGACGCCUCCGUCGUCGGCGUCCACGGUGAAUUUUCAAAGCGUCCGUGAGCGACGUUGGAACAUGACUGCCACGGGCACGGCGGUUCGGCGCGCCAUUUAAAAUCCUUCUCGGCGAACGGGCCGUCCGCGCGGCCUCCUCUCCGAGGGGGCGAACUCGCGCGGUAAGCGCGCGUCUCGCCGAGCGCCCGACGCUUCCCCGCGGACGACUCGCAGGAAUCUCGAUUCUCGGAAUUAUGUAACUGGCAGCGCGACGCCGAUAUGCCGAUGAUAAAAGCUGCGUCCGCUAGAAUGGACGACGAAAUAGUAGUAGACGAUAUAGAUGAGAAUAGCACUGUGGAUACGCAACAGGCGGACGACGCGUCCACGCCCGUAAUGCCACUCUUGUACAUCCAGCAGAAUAAAGUACGUUCCGGCCAGUCGUCGAGCGUGAAUCAGACCCUCGUUUCACCCAGCACUCAACUCGCUGCCAUUAUCAAUCCGGUUAACAAUCAGGUAAUUAUCGACAGUGGGGCACAGUACGCGUGGAUGGCCUCGUCUCUUGCUCAACGUCCAGACCUUCAAGGCCUGGUUUCACCAAACGUCGCUUAACUU